CAUAAAAGAUAUUCAUUGAGAGCUUGUGUCGUGAACGUCUGACUAUCAAUAAUCAGAUGUUCGGUUUCCUGAAGACCUUUUCUCAUUUGCAAAAUAACAGCCGCAUCAACUGUUCAAUUCCAGCCAAAUAACGUUUGUCGAGGUUUCGAGUACAGUUAAGGAGGUCGCGCCGGAGGUGAAAAGGCUUAAAUCGAUGUGAAGUAAAGCGUGACAAAAGUCGCCGCGAAACCCGUCACUGCUUUGAACCAAAGAGGCGUUUGGUCCUCACGCGAGCGGUCACGCGACGCAGGCCGUACGCAGAUAUCCGAGCUCCGUUCCAGUCAGUGAAGUGGAUGCAAAGUUGGUUCAGAAAGCCGCCAGCGAGCCCGCUCAACCCGGGACGGUCGCGGAUUAUCCGGCGUCGCCAUACGGACACAUUCGCACACAAGCACGGGAUCAGCAGCAGCAGCAGCGGCAGAACCGAACCUCCGCUCUUUUAACGAGCACGAACAGAGCGGCUGGCUGCUCGACAUGCCGCUCCUCCACAGGAAAGCCUUCGUCCGCCAGGAUCCUCCGGCCGACCUGCGCCCCGACGAAGAGGUCUUCCUCUGCCGCAUCACGCACGAGAUCUUCCGCAGCUACGAAGAAUUUUUUGAGCGGACCAUCCUGUGCAACAGCCUGGUGUGGAGCUGCGCCCUGACGGGCCGCGCGGGCCUCACCUACCUGGAGGCGGUGGAGAGCGAGCGGCGGGCCAAACAGAACCUCCGGAACUUUCCGUCCGUGCUGCUCAGGCCGCUGCUGCACCUGGCGGCGCUGUGCCGCCGCGGCCGCCUAAGCGAGCUCUGCGAGGACGUCUACGCCUUCGUUAAGGGGCGCUUCUUCCCCGGCGAGACGGUGGAUGUCAGUUUACGCAACGGGGCCAGACACACUUGCGAGAUCCUUCGGGUCCACUCGCCACAUUCCAGCGCCAGCGGCGCACCGGCUGUCAACGGGCACAAGUCUACCGACGGCGACACCAUCGUCAUCAGCGACGACGAAGACGCCGCUGCCUUCGAAAGUCCCAGCAGGUCAAAGUUCAUGACAUUGCAAAGUCCUAACAUGUGGAUGGGUGGCUCACGUGACCCACGUGUGUGUGUAAACAGCAAAAGAAAGAAGCCUCUAAGCCCGUCGGUGUUCAAGUACGAGAUGAGGAUGGUGAAGGACGGCCACGGCGAGCCGUUCAUCGCUAGAGCCAAUCAGAUAAGUCGCAGGCAGAACGUGAUGUCCCGCGAGCGUCUCAAGCUGCUCCUCAAGCAGCACUGCGAGCCCGACAACGGCCUCAUUCGCCUCAAGGCGUCUAGCGUGGCGAAGCACCGGCUGUCCGAGGAGAACUUCUCCCACUUUUUUCCGGAUGAGCCUCCCUGCUUCCCGUGCAGCGUCAAGAUGGCGGGGCGCGGCUCACCGGCGCAGGCGGGGACGUCUGCGCUGAAGGCGGCCGAGGAAAAGCAAAAACUGCUGCAGCACAAGGAGGAAAUGGUGGCCAAGGCCAAGCUGAGGAGGGACGAGGGGGGCCACAAGCUGAAGGAGGAGGAGAAGCGGAAGAGGAGAGAAGAGAAGGAGCGCAGGAAGCAGGAGAAGGAGCUGGAGCGUGAAAAGCUGAAGGAGGAGAAGAAGAAAUACGCAGAGAGGCUGAAAUUGUGGAACAAACCCCGCGAGGACAUGGAGUGCGAAGACCUGAAGGACUUGCCCGCUCCGACGGCCGUCAGGACUCGUUUGCCGGCCGAGCUCUUUGGGGAAGCCAUGAUGGUCCUGGAGUUCCUGCGGGCCUUCGGGGAGGACUUUGGACUCAAGGAUGAAUUCCCGGACGGAGUCUCUCUCGAGGUUCUGGAGGAGGCCCUGGUGGGCUCGGACCCCGAGGGUCCUCUGUGUGAGAUGCUCUUCUUUUUCAUCACGGCCAUCUUUCAAGCUCUGGAUGAGGAGCGAGAGGAGGUGGCCAAAGAUGCGCCUGAAGAACCGUCAGAAGCCCCGGACGACGACUGCGAGCGGGCCGACCGGGCCGAGAGCGCCGCCGUGUCGUCGGCCGCCGGCUGGUCUCAGCUCCAUCUGGGCUGCGGUCUUCAGGAAGUGGACCUGGACAGCUGCACGCUGUCGGAGAUCCUGCGUCUGCACAUCUUGGCGUCCGGCGCCGACUGUAACCACGCCAACGCCAGGUUCCGUUACCAGAAGCAGGGGGGGUUCGCGGCCGCCGACGACCCGUGCGUGGAGCUCCGCUCGACCCGACCGGCGCUGAUGAGCAGGCUGGCCUACACGGCCGUGUACGACCUGUCGCCAGGCGAGAAGCUGAGCAUCUUGCAGGCGCUGGCGGGCAAACUGCUGACGUUGGCAUCAAGCAGAGAUCUGAUCGAAGAGUGCGUGGAGGAGCAACGCGCCGCCAGGCAGGAGCUCCGGGAGCUCCGGGCCGAGCAACACCGCAGGGAGCGCGAAGAGGCGGCCCGCAGGGUGCGUCUUCGCAAAGAGGAACGCCUGCGGGAGCAGGAGCAGCGCCUGAAGAUGAAGGAGGGUCCCGGAGUCCAGCAGUCAUCGCAACCUGACGCCAGCAGAGCCGAAGUCAAAGAGUGGCCCGGCACCUCGGAUGCCAACGUCCCGGCGGCAGACCCCCCCACGAGCCUGACGGAGGAGGAACUGCUGGCAGAACAGGAGAAGGUCCGUGAGCUCCAAGAGCGCAUCCAGAAGGCGGCGGCGUGCACCAGCCUGCACCCGCUGGGCCGGGACCGCCUCUAUCGCCGCUAUUGGCUCCUCCCCUCGGCCUCUGCGCUCUUCGUGGAGGAGGACAGCUUUGGCCUGACGGAGGACAUGCUGCAACCCCGUCCUAAGCCCGCCCAACACGCCCCCACCAAGAUGGAGGACGGCGAGCAUGUCCAGGAGGAGCCCGCGGAGGGAAGCGUCGGCUCGAGCCCGGCCCCCCUGCGUCCCUGCGGCCCGCCCGUCAACCGUCCGAACCAGUGGUUCUUCUACAGCUCGGUGGAGGAGUUGGACCAGCUAAUGGACGCGCUGAACCCGCGCGGCCAUCGUGAAAGCGGCCUGAAGGAGGCGCUGCUGCAGGAGCGCGAGCGUCUGCAGGAGGCUCUGCAGGCCUGCCAGCGCAGCGAGUACACGUGCACCGAUGAUCCCGAGUCCUCCCGAUCCGUCCCGGAAUGCACCGUCGCAGCCGAGACGGUCAUGGAAGUCAGACUGAGAGACUUGCUGCUGGACAUCGAGGACCGCAUCCACCAAGGCACUCUGGGAACGCUCAAGGUGAUGGAGAGAAACGUGUGGCGUGCGGCGGUGGAGGCGGGAAACUACCGGCUGCUGAGUCCUGACGGAAGCCAAGCCACCGAGGUGGACUCCACAGACGGGCCGCUGACGGCGGACAAGAUGGCGGCGGUGAGAAGCCUGGCUCAGGCGUUGACCCACGUCGAGCGCGGCAUCGAAAGACGCUUCCUCAAAGCUCCACUCGACGGCAGCGACAGCGUCCGUACGAUGAAGUCCGUGCUGGAGCGCUGGAGAGAAUCUCUGCUGUCGUCUUCUAGUCUGUCUCAGGUCUUUGUUCACCUGUCCAUCCUGGAGCGAAGCAUACUGUGGUCCCGCUCGGUUCUGAACGCCCGCUGCCGCGUGUGCCGCCGCAAAGGCGACGCCGACAACAUGCUGCUGUGCGACGGCUGCGACCGCGGACAUCACACCCGCUGCCUCAGGCCCCGCCUUAAGAGCGUUCCAGAGGGCGACUGGUUCUGUCCCGACUGUCGGCCCAAAAAGAGAUCCGGCCGCCUUCCUUCUCGCCAGCAUUCUUCAAUGGAUGAGGAGGAAGAUGAAGAUGAGGAUGAGGGAGAGGGAGAAGAAGAAGAAGAAGAAGAAGAAGAGUCUGCGGAGGACGAGUCGGAGGAGGAGGAAGAAGAAGAUGAUGAAGAGGAGUCAGAAGAGGAAGAACCCAAAGUUGUUGUGAGUACCAAGAAGAGUCAGGCUCCGCCCCCCAAAGCCAAGACCAGUCAGGCCACGGCCAGGAACGCCGCGCCGUCAACCGGGAAAAGCGCAUCCAAGUCAUCGGGUAAGAAGGCCACGCCCCCGCAGUCCAAGGCCGACGACGGCGACAAGCGGUCGGGGGCUCGCAAGAGGCUGCCUGGCGCAGACGCGCCGCCGGCGCCUCGAGCCCGCAGGCCGGACCCGGCAUCUCCGUCCCGCCCCCCCGGCAACCGCCGCUCAUCCAGCAGGAUCCGAGGCGUCCACGAGCUGUCGGCGUGCGAAGUCCUGAUCGUGGAGCUGGUUCGCCACGACGACAGCUGGCCCUUCAUGAAGCUGGUGACCCGCGCGCAGGUGCCCGACUACUAUGACAUCAUCACCCAACCCAUCGCGCUGAGCACCAUCAGAGAAAAAGUCAACAACUGCCAGUACCUCAACACAGGCGCGUUCAUCUCGGACGUCAACUUGAUGUUCUCCAACUGCCUUCGGUACAACGCUCGCCACAGCAACGAAGCCAAGGCCGGCCUGCGGCUGCAGCAGUUCUUCCGCGCCCAGCUGAGUAAGCUGGGCCUGACGGAGCACGACGCCGUCGAGGGCGAGGCCACGCCGCCCGCCAAGCGAGCGCGCCUCUGAGGUCGUCGUCGUCGUCGCCCCCCCCCCCCCCCCACCCACACACACACCUAGGGGUCGGAGGUCGUCGCAACUCGACUGGUUUGUUUGCACCGCCUCGCCUCGUUGAAACUACUGACCUCUGACCUGCUGAUGUUGAGGGUGUUGACUUCCUGUGGUGACUUCACUUCCCGCAACGGCAACAAAACCGUGGAAUGUUUUUGCACUGACACCAAACAAACGCCUUCCUGUCUUUUGUUUCUCAGGGAUGACAAAAAGGCAAAAAGUGAUUUUGCCGACUGCCAAACGGAUAUAAUUCCUUGUUCUUUUCCACUUCCUGUUUGACUUGUCUACUUUUUCCAAAACAAGGAGAAACGACACGAACUGUCAGUCGUGCGUGCCGCUGUUAAAAUAGUCCUCACGUGUUGGGCAUUUUUUUCCAUUUGGUCUUUGCGACGAGCUCGUCUCGGUGUGUUGAAAACUUGGUCUACGUUCUUAGGAAGGAUCCUGGUGCUUAGCUUAGCUUAGCUUAGCAUUGUUGGUGACAACGCUACCUUUCAUUUUCUUUCAGGGGUGUCGCUCGAUGUUGAUGCUCGUUCCCCUUAUUAUUUAUUUAUGACUUACUGCAUUGUCCAGCCUACUUGUUGUGAGAAUAAAACUUUUUUUUUUUU